UACUACUUCUUCGACUUCAAAUGUGCUAUGCUGCAGUAUGAAUUCAGCGCUGCAAUUGGUGGUGAUAACGAUGAGCGAGCAGUGGAAACGAUCACAAGUGAUCCAAGCGCUUCGGUUAAACUUAAUCCGAGACGUGGACGUCGCCCGAGGCAACUGCGAUCUGCCCGAGGAUUAUUGAGCGGCACCAUGAGCAGAAGACUGUCAACUGACACUGAAUGGCAUUUGAAUAUGUUACAUAUUUUACGCCGACUGCAAGAGUCGGCAUACUCCACCACACACAAUCGUAAGCGUAGGUGCACAACGUUGUGGAAUCAUGAGAACUCAGUCGAAAACGGAAACGUUCAACCAGAGUCGGUGCCGUAUCAGUUGACUGCUGCCCGCAGAACCAAAUAUGAACAGCCCGGGAACAAUUCAGAGAGUUUAAGGAGAUUAAGACGUCAUUUCGGGAAACCGCUAAACAGUUCGAAGGAACAUCGAUCAUGGGUGCAACGAAAAGAUUCCGAGCGAGCCGCUCGACUGGCCGCAGCGAAGGCGCAUGAUGCGGCGAUGAACGUUCGAACGUAUCGCUCAAGGCAACAAGCCGCUUUGAAUCAGUUUGGGCGACCCAUCAGACCUAGANUUCUCCACGAGCCGGGAGUUGGCCUCGAAACGUCACCAAUCAUCGCAGUAUGA